AAUACACACCCGUCUGCGAAGGGGCCCUCCUCGUGUCUUCGUGAUUAUAUAAAAGCCGCGUUGCCGAGCUGGGACCGCAUAUCAACAGGACACACGUGCCGAGCAGAUAUAUCAAACACACAACAUGAAAUCCUUCGCUUUUGUCGCCCUAUUCGCCCUCGUGGCCUACGCCUCGGCUGCCCCAGCUGCCUCUGACGAGCCCAUUCCCAUCCUGAGGCGCAGCGACGACGGCCCGAACCCCGACGGCUCCUACGCCUUCAGUUACGAGACCGGCAACGGCAUCAAGGCCGAGGAGCACGGUGAAGUGAAGCCAGGUGGCGAGGAAGGCAUUGCCUCCGUCAGUGGAAGCUACAGCUACCAGGCCGAAGAUGGUACUCCCAUCGAGGUCAAGUACAUCGCCGAUGAGAACGGAUUCCAGCCUCAGGGUGCUCACCUUCCCGUAGGACCCGUCAUCCCACCCGGCAUCCUCAGGGCUCUCGAGUGGAUCGCUGCUCACCCCGAGGAGGACAACCUCAGAAAGUAAAGACUUCACGGAGUAGAGUCGUUGUUUAGCUUUUAAGUGUGAUUGGUGCCAAUGGACUUGUGGAGAGAAUUAUCUGCAAGUACUGCAAACUAGUCGCAACUAGUUUGGCAGUACUCGGAGCCGAGUCCUCUGCGUUAGAAUUAGGAUACAUUUAUGUGUAAUUGACAAAAGUUGACGUAAGGAAUUUACAAUUCGUACUUCAGAUGUAAAAUAUAAAUGGAUGAAUGUCGAAUAUCGCAAUGCCACGCGCAUUGCGAGAUAUCUUGUCGAAAAACGAGCAGCAAUUUGUCCUUUGAGACUGUGUAAUAAUGGCCAUAUAACUCUGCGUCUGUUUUUUUUUCGUGCGGGCAACAGCGCCUGUAUGCUUUAGCGGCUUCGUAUAUAACAGACGCGCGAGACCAAAUGUGCUCUACUGUUUCUGUGUUGAAUAGUACUGUACUACUGCGUUUAUUAUAAUAAUUAAAGAGAAUCUUUCAUAUCGUA